GGGAGGAAGUGAGGGGACGGGGCGGGGCGGCCUCACGGCGGUGGUGCGGCCUCACGGCGGCUGUCCGGACUCGGGCCGGCAUGUCGGCUCUUACGCGGGUGGUGCCUUUCGCUCGCGGCGGAGGCAGCCUCUUCAGAGGCCUCCGCGCGCGGGCGGCUGGAAGCGGAGUCCGUCAUGCUGGUGGCGGAGUGCACAUUGAGCCCCGGUACAGAGAGUUUCCCCAGCUCACCAAGUCCCAGGUGAUCAGGGGGGAGUUCUUCAGUGCAACCAUGUGGUUCUGGAUUCUCUGGCGCUUUUGGCAUGACUCAGAUGCUGUGCUGGGUCACUUUCCAUAUCCAGAUCCUUCCAAAUGGACGGAUGAAGAAUUGGGAAUCCUUCCGGAUGACGAAGACUGAAAAUGUAGACUCAACUAUUUACAAGUAGAGAGAGAAACAUCAUUGAGAGAGAACCAUUGAUUGGCUGCCUCCUGCACGCCCCCUACUGGGUCAAUCACAUAACCCAGGAAUUUGCCCUGACUGGGAAUUGAACUGGAAUUGAACUCAGUGGAUAGGAUGGUGCUCAUUCAUUUGAGCCACAUCAGCCAGGGCUCGUGUCCGAUUUCUGAAUUUAGUAUUUUCACAUUUGCUGUCCCCUGUGCUCCUGCCACCCCUCACCCUAAAUUGGUUUCAUCUUCAUUUUCAUUGUAUAUUUUUAAAAUGUUAUUUUUUCCUAAGUUACGUUACAAAUUAGGGCCCCAUUUACGCACCAAAGGCUUUUAAGUACCAAGUCCACACAGGGAUUUCAGGGUGGACAAGACAGGCAGGCGCUUACAGUGCACAUUUAUAGUUCCAAAACCACUACGUUUUCUAUGUUUAGCACUCACAUGGGAAGCUCCAGCAGAGGGGGCUGUUAUGAUGUGGAUGUGCAUAGAAAUGAGCUCUAAAUAGUAAAGGGUUACGACCCUUUCAUUUUCCAGAUCAGGACAUCAGUCAGUCAGGAGAAGUUCCUUUCCCUACAACCCCUUGUGGAUUAAGACAUUCUUAUUUAACAGUUUAAAUUAAUCAUUGUACAGUUUAAUUGCCAUCAUUCAGAAUGCCUUGGAAAUUGUUUUAAAAGAUAGGAAGCAUUAAAAUAUAGUUGAGUGUUUCCAUUAAAUUGUAUUAUUAGCAUUGCCUUUUUAAUUAGAAGUAGCUUAGUGACAUGAAAAUUACAGCAGUUUUUGGAUAUGCAGGGCCAAGGGGGAUGGCAAAAAUGUCUCCAAAAGGUAGGCGAUUAAGCUCUUUUAUAGUUUGUAUGUCUCUGGGUUUGUUAUGGACAGUAAGAGGUCCCAGGCCACCUGCUUCCUGUGUUAAUGUAUCUGACAGCACUAACCCCUUCCUAUCCUUUUACAGAUUUCCCAAUAUUCCCACACUGUCAUUAACAUUUUGUUUUAAUAACUAGACUGUAAGCCCUUUGCGAGAGCAAGGUGAUUUUACUUCCCUCCUUGACAAGGCAACUCACGUGACUGGUGCUCAGUGGAUGCUUAAAUAAUUGAAUAAACAGAAUUACGGAUUUGAGUUAGUGAAAAUAAAAGUACUUAAAGCUUUCCCCUUUUGUUUUUUCUACAGGAGCAAGGUCAGAAUUUCAAGAGAUUGUGGACUUCAUAUUGUCUGUUGAAGUUGUAAAUUAAAGUGGUUUGAUCAUGAA